GCCCAGCCAGCGGAGCAGGCGCCGCCCGCGGCCCGCUGCACCCGGCACCGGAGCUCCGGGGAGCAUGUCGGCACCGAGGGGCCCCGGGGCCCCCGGAGCCUGAAGCGUGGAGAAGGCUUCACACGCUGGAAAGAGAUGAAGACUCCCGAUUAGGACCGAAGUCGGGUUCUACAGAGAGCCUUGGAGACGGAGCUCUGGGUUCCAAACCACCAACUGGACAAACACCAGCAGACUUGUGUCCUGAAGGAGAGGAACCCAGCAGGAACCCCCACGUUUCCUGUUGAUGGCACCGGCUGCAGCUGCUCUCCAACGGCUCCCAGGAGAUGAAACUACAUCAGCUGCCGGUGGUCCGAGCUCAGGGAGCGGAUCCAUGGUCUCUGUUUGGGAGUGUAGGGUUCCCUCCAGCUGGAGGACCCUCAGAGGGAACCCUGUGUCCAAGGGUGGAGGUCCAAACCAGGAUCAUCUCUGACCCUAUCCAGCUGCUCUCAGCACCGAAACAUGACCCGGUAGAAGUUUAAUGAUGCUGCAACCAGGGACCUACACCAGGGACCUCAACCAGGGACCUACACCAGGGACCUCAACCAGGGACCUACACCAGGGACCUCAACCAGGGACCUACACCAGGGACCUCAAACAGGGACCUACACCAGGGACCUCAAACAGGGACCUACACCAGGGACCUCAACCAGGGACCUACACCAGGGACCUCAACCAGGGACCUACACCAGGGACCUCAAUCAGGGACCUACACCAGGGACCUCAAACAGGGACCUACACCAGGGACCUCCACCAGGGACCUACACCAGGGACCUCAAACAGGGACCUACACCAGGGACCUCCACCAGGGAACCUCAACCAGGGAACCUCAAACAGGGACGUACACCAGGGACCUCAAACAGGGACCUACACCAGGGACCUCAAACAGGGACCUCCACCAGGGACCUCCACCAGGGAACCUCAACCAGGGACCUACACCAGGGACCUCAACCAGGGACCUACACCAGGGACCUACACCAGGGACCUCAACCAGGGACCUACACCAGGGACCUCAACCAGGGACCUACACCAGGGACCUCAACCAGGGACCUACACCAGGGACCUCAACCAGGGACCUACACCAGGGACCUCAAACAGGGACCUACACCAGGGACCUCAAACAGGGACCUACACCAGGGACCUCCACCAGGGAACCUCAACCAGGGAACCUCAAACAGGGACGUACACCAGGGACCUCAAACAGGGACCUACACCAGGGACCUCAAACAGGGACCUCCACCAGGGACCUCCACCAGGGAACCUCAACCAGGGACCUCAAACAGGGACCUACACCAGGGACCUCAAACAGGGACCUCCACCAGGGACCUACACCAGGGACCUCAAACAGGGACCUACACCAGGGACCUCAAACAGGGACCUACACCAGGGAACCUCAACCAGGGACCUCCACCAGGGAACCUCCACCAGGGAACCUCAACCAGGGAACCUCCACCAGGGAACCUCCACCAGGGACCUACACCAGGGAACCUCCACCAGGGAACCUACACCAGGGAACCUCCACCAGGGACCUCAAACAGGGACCUACACCAGGGACCUCAAACAGGGACCUACACCAGGGACCUCAACAAGGGACCUACACCAGGGACCUCAAACAGGGACCUACACCAGGGACCUCCACCAGGGACCUCAAACAGGGACCUACACCAGGGACCUCAAACAGGGACCUACACCAGGGACCUCAAACAGGGACCUACACCAGGGACCUCAAACAGGGACCUCAACAAGGGACCUCCACCAGGGACCUCAACCAGGGACCUCCACCAGGGACCUCCACCAGGGAACCUCCACCAGGGAACCUCAACCAGGGACCUCCACCAGGGAACCUCCACCAGGGAACCUCAACCAGGGACCUCCACCAGGGAACCUCCACCAGGGACCUACACCAGGGAACCUCCACCAGGGACCUACACCAGGGAACCUCCACCAGGGACCUCCACCAGGGAACCUCCACCAGGGAACCUCAACCAGGGACCUCCACCAGGGAACCUACACCAGGGACCUCAAACCGGGACCUCCACCAGGGAACCUACACCAGGGACCUCCACCAGGGACCUCCACCAGGAACCUCCACCAGGGAACCUCCACCAGGGACCUCCACCAGGAACCUCCACCAGGGAACCUACACCAGGGACCUCCACCAGGGACCUCCACCAGGGAACCUACACCAGGGACCUCCACCAGGGACCUCCACCAGGAACCUACACCAGGGACCUCCACCAGGGACCUCCACCAGGAACCUCCACCAGGGAACCUACACCAGGGACCUCAAACAGGGACCUCCACCAGGAACCUCCACCAGGGAACCUACACCAGGGACCUCAAACAGGGACCUCCACCAGGAACCUCCACCAGGGAACCUACACCAGGGACCUCAAACAGGGACCUCCACCAGGAACCUCCACCAGGGAACCUACACCAGGGACCUCAAACAGGGACCUCCACCAGGGAGCUGAAUGGUGUCGGUCGCUCAGGUGCCAAAUCCCCCCAAACAUCCCUCCAGACCUCGUCCCACCAGAGGAACCAGCAGGCUUCACUCACCGAGUCCUCUAAGUGGGUUCUGGAGCCGGUCUCUCCGAGUCCCUGA